CGCCCUCGUGUGGAGUGGGACAACUACUGAUGGGAAUUGUGUGUGUGUGUUGGUGUGCAUGUGUGUGUCUUAUACGGCUUGGGAGCAACGGAGGGCUGGCUAAUUCUCCGUCAGACCCCCUCUAACCCUCGCUGAAACACUACCACACCGUGAAGGGCAGUGGAGGACACACACCAGGCUUGUGCAAUGGGCUUCAGCAGCAUGGAGAGCAGAGCCGCCACAUCUACAGGACAGGACAGCCAGAGAAACUGAUCAGUCAAUCCAACAGCAGGAGUCGGCUGGGGAAGAGGAGUCUGGACCUGUACUGGUAGGAGCAAGACGAACUCCUCUGUUCUGCUGGGAUUGUCUGAUGUGUUUUAUCUGGUUCCAGGUGGGAAAUGUAUCUACUUUCGGCUUGUCUCUUUUAUGGGUUCUUUUCAGUUUGAUCACCCUGUGCUGUUUGGAUUACAGUAUUGACUGAUUUUGGAUAUCAUUUAUUUCAAUUAUGUUGAUAUCCAGACACAGUGAUCGUUGCCAGUGUACUGUAGGAACUGUGUGUCUUAAAGUCUGUCAAUCUAGCUUCGGAGUGACCUUUUGUCCGGACUCACUGAUUGUAAAGUAAUUACAAAAAGAUUAUUGGAGGCAUUCUUUAAGGGUUCUCCCACAGUUGACCCCAACAGAAGAACUACACUGACAUUCCAGCUUUAUAAUCUGACAAAUAAUCCAAGUUCCUGUUGGAAUCAUCAGCUGUGAGCCAGACGUGAUGUGUUUUUAUGUUGCGCAUAAAGUUAAGUUUUGCAAGACUGUAUGGAAGCACAAGUGAUUUGGGGAAUAUUUGAAAGAUUGUGUCAGACCCCGUUGGCAAGAUUCUGCUUAUGAAAUCUCUCCUCGGCUUUCCCCUAGACUUCUUGUGACCUUUAUCCCCUCGCAGACAAGCACAACAGCAGCCCUGUUUGGGAAAUCAUGGGGAAUGUGUUCAAGUGCUGUCCAAUGUUGGGAGGCUUCUUUCGGUGUCAGACGGCUCCACAAAAGGGGGAUGCAGAACGGUCUCCUCUGCUGUCUGAAGAGGGCAGCGAAUGUGAGACCCUAUGGGACGACACAGAACAGGAUCUACUCACAAACCCCACUCUGGAACAAGGUCAUUUCCUGUUUCCCGACAUAGUCCUCAGCAGUAGCAUUGGAGUGGACGUGGCCGUGGUCGAACCAUCGGUGUGUCUGCCGGUGACGAAGGAUGACCAGGCGAGAGGGGCGGGAGUGACCGUGCGUGGGGAUGAGAGGACAGAUGAAGAGCCAGUGGAAGGAAUGGAUGGAGGAAGAGAGAGGCUGUGCUCUGAGGUGGAAACGCAAACAGAGUCUGGGAUUCCGGCGGGGAUGGAGGCACAGACACAGACAGAGACACAGACAGAGACACAGACACAAACACAAGCAGACCAUCUCAUGGAGACAGAUGAUAAGACGGACACAAACACCCAAAGCCUGGGACACAUAGCAAAAGAGUCCUACUGUUUGUCAGAUGUACGGAACCAGUUAGAUAUAACAGUUGGGAUACAAGCAGAAAAAUGCAAAACAUCCCAAACACAGACACACACUCAAUUACUGGCAGUGACUGAGCUGAACACUGUCAACGCAGACCAGAUUGUUGACCAGAUGAAACAGAAGACUGUCCUGACAAAGGAGUAUGCAGAUAAGAGUGAGCGGAGUCAUGUCCUGACAGUGCAAACUGCCUCCCAGAUAGAACAGAAUGAAGACCAGACAAAACAGAACACUGUCCUAAUGGAACGGAACACUGACCAGACCCAACAGAACAUGGACCUCACAGAACCAAGCAAAGUCCUGAUUGAACAGACCAUAGAUUUGAAAGAAUCUUUUGGAGCCAAGGAUCAGACGGAACCAAGUAUAGGCAAGACCAAACAGAAUACUUCCCGGACAGAACAGACAACUGACCCUGUAUACCUGAACACUCCCCAGGCUCAACGGAGAACUGACCCUGGAUACCUUGACACUGACCAGACUGAACAGAGAACUGACAUUGGAUACCUGGACACUGACCAGACUGAACAGAGAACUGACCCUGGAUACCUGGACACUGACCCGACUGAACAGAGAACUGACCCUGGAUACCUGGACACUGACCUGACUGAACAAGACACGGAGCAGGUAGGCCAGGAUUCUGAGGAGUUGGAACAGGCUGCUGAAAGAGAAGGCCAGGCUGGGACACGUGUGGAUGCAGGUGAGGAGGAUGGCGUCGCAGAGUCCAAACAGAUAACCUUGUUUAUGGUGGACAAGCUGUUUCUGGCUGCUCCACACAUCACAGGACCCACCAGUGUUAACCAACCAGAUGAAGAACCAAAGGAUGCAGAUGAAGGGGAGGAGAGUAGUAUCCAGGAAGUGAUCCGUCUGCAGGAAGAGGGGUUUACUGUCAGGAUCCAGGCACCAGGAUCAGAAACAUUUGAUCUCCAGGUGUCAGGCCAAAUGCUGGUGUUUGAGUUGCAGCAGGUGCUGUUGGACCAUGAGCUCACCUGUCACCGCACCUGUUUCUCCCUGCAGCUUGAGGGAGCUACGCUGGACGGCCUCACUGAACUGCGCUCCAUUCCAAGCCUACUGGAGGGGGCGCUCCUCAAAGUGGUGGAGGAUCCUUACACUGUGCGUGAUGCUCGCCUCCACCUGCGACAUGUUCGUGACCUGCUGAGGGGCCUGGAUCCCACCGACGCACACAACGGCCUCAACGGCUGCUCACUCUCUUACCUGGGCCUCUACACGCAGGGAGACAUGGAGACAGGAGCACGGAAGGGCCCUGGGCAAGAUUCCCCCAACUAUACCCCCCCUGAUUACAUCCUUCCUGGGAGUAAGGACCGCCCACUAAUGCCACUGCAGCCAAUGAGAGAAGAUUGGAAGCCGUUGCAGUGCCUGCGGGUCCUGACAGUGAGCAGCUGGAACCCUCCCCCAGGAAACAGGAAAAUGCACGGGGACCUGAUGUAUCUGAAUGCCGUCACUGUGGAAGACAAACACCUCAACAUCACUGCCUCCACACGAGGCUUCUACCUCAACCAAUCAACUGCCUUUACCUUUAACCCCAAGCCAGCUGCACCCAAGUUCCUUUGCCAUUCCCUUGUGGAAUUGCUUAGUCAGGUGAGCCCCACCUUCAGGAAGAACUUUAACACCCUGCAGAAGAUGAGGGUCCUUCGGCAUCCCUAUGAGAGAAUAGCCACGCCCUUCCAGGUGUUCACCUGGACAGCCCCCCUGGGAGACCACACCCUGAACUGUGUGAGAGCUGAGGAGACCCACACCAGCCGCAUGGGGCAGGAUGAGCACACAGCUGGACAGAGUCGAGACUGGAAUGAAGAGCUGCAGGCGGGUAGGGAACUCCCCAGACAGAACCUUCAGGAACGCCUACUCAGAGAGAGGACUUUAUUUAAGACAAACAGCGACUUUCUCGCUGCUGCAAGGCGAGGUGCCAUGGCGGUGGUUGACGGUAACGUCAUGGCGAUAAACCCGGGGGAGGAGCCCCGGAUGCAAAUGUUCAUUUGGAACAGCUUGUUUUUCAGCCUGGGUUUUGACGUGCGUGACCACUACCACUCCCUAGGGGGCGACGCUGCUGCCCAUGCAGCCGCCACCUGUGACCUGAGAGGAGUGCAGGCUUAUGCAGCUCUCGACACAGAUGGUCUCCAUACACUAGGAACCGCUGUACUGGAUUACCGUGGUUACCGUGUAACCGCCCAAACGAUUGUCCCUGGCAUUCUGGAUAAGGAUCAGGAGCAGAGCGUGGUCUAUGGGUCUAAUGAUUAUGGAAAGACUAUCGUCACACAUCCCAGAUUUGUAGAGCUUCUAAACAGCACCAGUGGGCCAAUGAGGAUUCAGCGUCACCUGGUGCUUGACCACACCCAUCUCCCUGUGGACCUCUGUUCCUCUGUCGAGACCAAGGGCAUUCUGGGAAACGAUGGAAGACAUUACAUCCUUGACCUCAUACGCUCCUACCCACCUGACCUCAACUUCCUGUUCUUGGAGGAAGGGGAGGAGCUACAAGAGGACUGCCACCGCCCUGGUUUCCCACGGCAACACCCGCACAGCUUGGCCAGUCUGAGACCAGAGCUGCUGGAGGCUUUUGUCCAACACAGGUAUGAAGUUUUCCUCAAGAUGGUUGCCUCCGGGCUCAACCAAGAGGAAGUGUCUCAAGAAGAGACAAGAAAUGGCACUCAGGCAGAUAGGAGACUGGCUGAAGAUAGGAGCCUGGCAAUGGAGCAGGCCACAGCUCUGGAGUCAGCGCAAACAGCAGGACUCCGAACCGGCACAGAUGCUCGCCAAAGAGUGGUGAUCCAGAAGGCUUGUGAGGCUGUUGGCUCAGUCAGUGACUCCUGCUUUGAUAUCAGAUUCAACCCUAACAUCAUCUCUUCUGGGGUGCGUUUCCCAGCAGAACUCUCUGAGGACGUUCAGAAACAAAGGCAGUUGUUAAAGGAUGUUGCUGUCUUCAUGCUAUCCAAUCAAAUUCCAUCACUGAUAAGGGACUGUCUGGACUAUACGGUGGUGGUGAUGGAUGGAGGUACCCUGACUGCAGAGCUUCAUGAGCGGGGUGUGAAUGUACGUUACCUGGGCACUUUGCUGGAGCAACUGGAGAACACUGGGGAGGGAAAGAGGCUGGCGCAUGUGCAGAGAGUUGCCAUUAGUGAGCUGAUUAUUAGGAGUGCCAAACACAUUUUCAAGACUUAUCUACAGGGUGUUGAGCCCUCAGCCCUCUCCGCAGCUGUCAGCCACUUCCUGAACUGCCUCCUGAGUUCCUCUUCCUCAUCGUCUGACUCCGCCUCCUUCGUGCCACCAGACGAGCUUCUGUCUCGUCGCAGGAGCCGCCGGCGUCGCAGCCAUGGAAAUCGAGUGUCCAUGGUUACAGAUGCCAUCUGGGCAAGGCUGACUCCCAGUGACCUCUGGAGUAAGAUCAAGGCUGAGGCAGAGUGGUACUACCACUACACACUACACUGUGAGAACAUAGAUAAGGCAAUUGAAAAGUACAGUCUACAGAGGAUCUCCCUGCUCAGGGAGAUGGCCAUCAAAACAGGCAUCCAGGUGCAGUUGAGGGAGUAUGUGUUUGAGUCUCGGCAUAGGCCAGUGUUUAGUGAGGAGGAUGUAAUCAACAUGUUUCCUGUGGUCAAACACCUCAGCCCUACAGACUCUGACGCAACACAGCUGAUACAGCAAUCCCAGGCCACCAUACAUCAAGGGCUCCUUAAGGAGGGCUGUGAGUUGAUAAGACAAGCUCUCACCUUGUUCAGCAGUGUGUGUGGGGUUCUGCACAAGGACGUGAGCGUUUGCCUGCGUCUGCUAGGGCGACUCUGCUAUUUAAUCGGAGAUUAUACUGAGGCCCUCAGUCACCAGGAGAAGGCUGCCCUCAUCACUGAGAGAGUGCAGGGCAUAGAUCACCCUCAGACCAUACAGGAUUAUACUCAUCUGGCCCUGUACUGCUUCGCCGGGGGUCAGAUCUCUACAUCCCUGCGUCUGCUCUAUCGCGCUCGCUACCUCUCUCUGCUCGUGGUUGGAGAAGACCACCCACAGGUGGCGCUGUUGGAUAGUAUGUUGGGUUUGGUGUUGCAUGGGCUAUUGGAAUAUGACCUUUCGCUGAGGUUCCUACAGAAUGCCUUAACCCUCACCUUAAAAUACCAUGGUACAACAUCUCUUAAACACGCGCAGAGUUAUCACAUGCUAGCUAUGGUAUUUGAGAGCAAGGGAGACUUCCGCUCAGCUCUGCAACAUGAGAAGGAGGCUUAUUCCAUAUACAAGAACCAAGUAGGGGACAGCCAUGGUCGUGCACGAGAGAGCUCAGAGUACCUGGAGAGUCUGACCCAGCAGGCAGUGACUCUCCAGAGAGCCAUUAACCAUAUCUACAGUAGCGUCUCAAGCACCUGCCUCGCACCACUCAAGUUUUCCACUCCCAGCCUCCCUGUGAUUCUCCAACAGCUCAACCUUGUUUGUGGGAUCAUCCUGGUUCCACUCAGCAACAAGGACCUUAAGCAGCUGAGGGCGGAGUUGAAAGGGAACAGAGAAGAGGGACAUGCUCUGAUUCAAGAGCUGGAUGAUCUGAUGGACAAAUGAUUUGUACGUGCCUGACCACAACACAAUAUAUGCUUUGGUAGAUGGAUGCACUACUAAACAAUUUACAACUUUUACACAUGCAUAUCUAUGCAUAAUAAGGACUGUCAUCCCGAUACAGUAAACACAGUGAAAAGGGAAGACUUUGCAUUUGAGAGACAUUUUCAUUUGUUUUAUUUCAUUUAAAAGACUGGUGUGAGAAUGUAAUGAACUAAUGUGUAUAACCGAUGUGCUGUAGUCUCAACUGACAGCCAAAUAGAAUGACUAAGUUACUAUUCAGAAUAACUGUCAAGGGGAGGGACUUCAGUAGAACUGUAGAAGGCACAUGUAGUAAACUGGCUUUUGAAAUAAACUGGAAAGGAGAGCAUGUGUACCAUACAGUGUUUACUGUGAUCAUCUGAGUAGGUCUCUUGGCCACUUGUUACA